CCUCCCCCCGCCGCCGAAGCUGCCAGAGAGUCAGGUGGCUCCGGGAUGCGCGGCCGCGGCGGCCGGCGGAGGCGGGCCGCGCCGGGGCCGGCGGCGGGGCCGCGGCUCGGCAGUGCGCGCUGCCUGCCCCCGCCUGCACCCGCGCUGCGCUAAGCGGCCCCCGCGGGCCCCCGCCCGGCGGCGCUGCCGGGAGGCGCCGGGCCGCAUGAACAAUAGGCGGCGGCCCCGGCCCCGGCCCCGGCCGCGCCGCCGCCGCCGCCCGCAGCGCCCGGCUCCAGCGGGCGCCUCCCCCUAUGGAGCGGCCUCGCCAUGGAGCCCCUCACAGCGCUCGGCCAGGAGGGCGCGGGCGGCGGGGAGCCGCCGGGCGGCCCGCUCUGGACCGCCGUCUUCGAGUACGAGGCGUGCGGCGAGGACGAGCUGAGCCUGCGGCCGGGGGACGUGGUGCAGGUGCUGUCCCGGGACGCGCACGUGUCCGGCGACGAGGGCUGGUGGACGGGCAAGAUCGACCAGCGCGUCGGCAUCUUCCCCAGCAACUACGUGAGCAGCGGCGUGCCGGGGGGCGGCCCCGAGCUGCGGGCCCGCUACCCGCCGCCCCCCGCCAUACAGCUCCUGGAGAUCGACUUCUCGGAGCUUGUUCUGGAGGAAAUCAUUGGCAUAGGGGGCUUCGGAAAAGUGUAUCGAGCUGUAUGGAUAGGAGAUGAGGUUGCUGUCAAGGCAGCCCGCUAUGACCCUGAUGAGGACAUCAGCCAGACCAUUGAGAAUGUCCGCCAAGAGGCUAAGCUCUUUGCGAUGUUAAAGCAUCCCAACAUCAUCGCCCUCAGGGGUGUGUGUUUGAAGGAACCUAAUCUCUGCUUAAUCAUGGAGUUUGCCCGUGGAGGAUCACUAAACAGAGUGUUGUCUGGUAAAAGGAUACCUCCUGACAUACUAGUGAACUGGGCCGUACAGAUUGCAAGGGGAAUGAACUAUCUGCAUGAGGAAGCAAUUGUUCCCAUAAUUCACCGUGACCUCAAGUCCAGCAACAUACUCAUACUCGAAAAGGUGGAAAAUGGAGAUCUGAGCAACAAGAUAUUGAAGAUCACGGAUUUCGGCUUGGCCAGGGAAUGGCAUAAAACUACCAAAAUGAGUGCAGCUGGGACAUAUGCCUGGAUGGCUCCUGAGGUCAUCCGCUCCUCCAUGUUCUCCAAAGGCAGCGAUGUGUGGAGCUAUGGCGUGUUGCUUUGGGAACUGCUAACGGGGGAGGUACCAUUCCGAGGAAUUGAUGGUCUUGCAGUAGCAUAUGGUGUUGCCAUGAAUAAACUUGCCCUUCCAAUCCCUUCUACCUGUCCAGAGCCUUUUGCCAAACUCAUGGAAGAUUGCUGGAAUCCUGAUCCGCACUCACGGCCUUCCUUUGCCAGUAUCCUAGACCAUCUCACCGCCAUAGAAGAAUCUGGUUUCUUUGAAAUGCCCAAAGAUUCCUUCCACUCCCUGCAGGAAGACUGGAAACAAGAGAUUCAAGAGAUGUUUGAUCAACUCAGAGCCAAAGAGAAGGAGCUACGCACAUGGGAGGAAGAGCUGACUCGUGCUGCCGUUGAACAGAAAAAUCAUGAGGAGUUGUUACGACGGCGGGAACAGGAGCUGGCAGAACGGGAGAUUGACAUCCUGGAAAGGGAACUCAACAUUAUCAUCCACCAGCUAUGCCAGGAGAAGCCUCGAGUGAAGAAACGCAUGGGGAAGUUCAAGAAGAGCCGGCUUAAGUUGAAAGAUGGCAAUCAUAUUAGCCUUCCCUCAGAUUUCCAGCAUAAAUUCACUGUGCAAGCUUCUCCAACGAUGGAUAAAAGGAAAAGUUUGAUCAGUAGCUGCUCCAGUCCUCCUGCAAGUCCUACCAUUAUUCCCAGACUCAGGGCUAUACAGUUGACUCCUGCUGAAAGCAGUAAAACAUGGGGACGAAACUCAGUCCUUCCAAGGGAGGAAGGAGAGGAAGAAGAGAAGAGAGGCCAGAAGAAGAAAGGACGCACUUGGGGACCAAGCUCUCUUUGUCACAAGGAGCUAGGUGCAGGAGAAGAUGGUCUGAAAGCUCUGGUAGAAGGAUACAAACAGUGGUCAUCCAGUGCUCCAAACCUAGGGAAGAUCCAGAGAACUGUGCCUGCUUUUCCAGGAUUUACCAGCUUAGCGGAGAUGGACGAUGAAGACAGUGAAUGUUUUAAUGGAGAGGGCAAAGUGCACCCUUCACCUGGCCCCAACCAGUCAUACCUCUGCAUCCCAUUUCAGAAGAAUGAAGACUGGGAUGGCCCUUCUAGUGAUGCCAAUGAGGAGUCCACCCCUGUGAACUCUGCUACUAGCACCCCACAGCUGACACCCACAAACAGCCUCAAACGUAGUGGCUCCCACCAUAAACGGUGUGAGGUUGCUUUGCUUGGCUGUGGGGCUGUGCUGGCUGCCGCAGGCCUGGGCUUUGACCUGUUAGAAGCAGGGAAGUGUCAGCUGCUGAUUGAGGAAGAGCCAGAACCACCCAAGGAAGAGAAGAAGAAGCGUGACAGCAUUUUCCAACGAGCUGGACGUCCACGUAGGAGCACUAGCCCACCCUCACGGAAGAUCUUCAAGAAAGAGGAGCCCAUGUUGUUUCUGGGCGAGCCAUCCACGUCCCUGACCCUUCUUUCCCUGUCUUCCAUUUCUGAAUGUAAUUCCACCCGGUCCCUGCUGCGCUCAGACAGUGAUGAGAUUGUGGUGUAUGAAAUGCCUGUCAGCCCUGUGACAGUCAAGGCUCCCUUGCCAGCCAUUAACAACCCACUAGUCAAUGUCCAGAUUGAGAGGUUCAAACAAGACCCCAACCAAUCCCUGACUCCCACACAUGUGACAGUCUCUUCCCACACCCAGCAAGGUGGGCACAGACGCACACCUUCUGAUGGGGCCAUCAAAGGGACUGGGCUAGUUGUCAAUGGGUGCCCAACCAGUGGAUGCCCUUCCAGUAGCUGUUUAACUGGAACGCUGGGAGCAGGUGUAUUAAAAACACCUAGUCCAAGCAGAGAUCCAAAUGAGGUCCCUCGCCUGCCAGACCCCAACCUCAUUUUUCCUCCAACCCCAAGACGAUGGAAUGCACAGCAGGACCCUGCAUUGGAAAGACCCAAGACAUUGGAGUUCCUGCCCCGGCCACGUCCUGCAGCCAGCCGGCAGCGGCUUGACCCCUGGUGGUUUGUGUCACCCAGCAAUGCCAAGGGUGAAUCUUCUGCCAACAGUUCAAGUACUGACACUCCAAGCAAUCUGGACUCUUGUUUUGCUAGUAGCAGCAGCACUGUAGAAGAGAGACCCGGACUUCCUGCACUGCUUCCCUUCCAGGUGGGUCUUCCUGUAGAGGAGCGGACGCUGUUGGACAUAGAUGCUGAGGGGCAGAGCCAGGACAGCACCAUUCCGCUAUGCAGAAGUGAACUUAACACACACAAAGCUGCAGCGUAUGAACUCAAGCAGGAGUUCUGGUCUUAGUAUGAAAUCCACUGGGGACAGUUAGCCCCUUUAAAUUCAAUCCUACUUCUUGCACUGAGAAUGCACUUUGAAGACAGAUGAAAUGGAGGGAUGCUACAGAGAUCAUAUCAUGGUGCUGCCUCUGCUGAAGAUGUGUUUUCUGACUGCCUGAUUUUUUGUCUGCAGCUGGAAGUAACUUCGCAACUCAAAGCUGCUGACUUUUGCUGUGGGGUUUUUCUGUAGUCUUCCCUGUCCUUACUGCAGUUUGAAUCUGCAGUAAGCUUAAAUUACCAUAUCAAAGUCUCUGUUACUUGUAGGAUUUGGCACUUGCAGUAUAUUGGUAACUAUCCUGGUAUUAAUCAGUAUUUUCAAAACUCAAGUAUUACACUACAGCAGACACUAGUGUUCAGUGUUUUCCCAAGGCUUCCAGGGUGGAAACAAGUAAACACCUGGAGACUAGCUUCUCUGAAUUGUAUUCAGAUCAUUGAGUAGGCCUGGGAAUCAUGGUGCCCCCACUGAAGGAGCAGAAGUAGCUACGUUACACUCCCUUGCCCUCAUUUGCUUGCGUGAUAGAUGCAAGGUGGAACAGGUUGCUGAGGGAGGGCGCGGAGUCUUUGUUGAUGGAGGACUGAGAACAAAUUAGACUGUCAGGAAUGAAUAGGUAUAGCUGAUCCUGCUUGGAGGCAGGGUGGAUGGACUUCGAUGAUCUCUUGAGGUCCCUCUCAGUCCUAUUUUUCUAUGACCCUAUGCUUUCAGAAUCACGAAGGGGGAUGGUAUGGCUGUUUACUGUAACUAGAUUUUUUAUUUUGAGCUUUGGAUCCACCAACCUUCUUUUCCUGUAUCCCAGGCUCAUGGUCAAGCUCCCUCAGCUCUGGGAAGGGAAUUGGCAGGCACUCUUUCUUAAAGCUGUGCUGGCUUGUGGAAGCAAGUUCUUAUGUGUCCCUCACUCCUUUUUUCUUUUUUUUUUUCCUCCUUGUUUUUCCUCCUUUCUCAUGCGUUUUCUGGGUGGCCCUGGGUCUUGACACCUAAGACUGUUCUAAUGCACACUGAUUUUUUGAGAUGGAGACUGUGUUGUUUGGUAGCUGGAUUGUACAAACGGGAAUCAGAACAACUGGAUUCUGUUUUAUUUUGCCACUGACUCACUGUGUGACCUUGGGCAAAUAAUGUAACCUCUGUGCCUGAAUUUCCCCAUCUGUAAAUAAUAGGAAUAAUACCUACCUCACAGGGGGGGCGGUUUAGGACAUUUGUGAUAUGUAUAAAGUCCUUUGAGAUCUUUGUGUGGAAGGCACUAUAGACAUGUGAAACAUUAUUCUUGUUUAAAUAUGUAAAAGCUCUUAACUCUGGAGCAGGAACAGGCCCCUGUCUUAAAAGAGGAAGCCACACAACUAAGGUGUGCCUGAGCUCACAGUUUUCUUUACAAAGAAUGCAAGUGUCUGUGCCUGUACAAGUAUAUCUUACUGGCUUGAAUAAGAGCUUCACCCUUUUCCCAGCUUCGGCAGUCUAAAUAAGGGAUGUGGCCUUUACAUUAGUAUUUUAGGGUAGUCUGCUUUAUUGCAAGGUACAGCAUGGCCGUUCACUCUUUUUUUUGUGCAGAUCUGUGCUCAUUUUGAUAGUGUACUGACCAGCUGGGUGCAAAUGACUGAUUUGAGAGUGCUGUGCUCAAACUAUUAGGGAAGUCUUGUGAAGACAGUGUAGCUGAAUGCUUGUUUGCAUCUGUUCAGCACGGAGAACAUGAGUGAUCAGAUGUCUGUAACCUAAUGUUAAAAACCAGCAUGUGUGAGGAAGGACUGUACUUGAGUUUAAUUCUGUGUUUGAGGGCUAAAACCAGCAUAUUGCCUUUAGUCAAGUGCACCCCUUUUUUGAGUGAAUACAAUGCAUAAUCUUGUAGAAAAGGCACAUGUUUCUUGCUCAUCACAUUCUAUGAAACAUGGUUAAUGGCAGAAUUAUUUAUUGCUGCCUCCCCCAUUGAGUGCUCCAGAGCUAGCAUUAAUGAUGCUACACUAGCAGCUGAUCCUGGAUAGACUGUCUGUGUAGACAAGGUAUUCUGGUGUGGGGGUAAGAUACUUUAAAAAGAAAUCUGAUGUUUCCGGCAUUUAUUUUGUUAAAAGUAGGCUUUUAGCAUUAUUUAAUUUCUUAUGCAUUCAUCCUUUUGCUUUCCAUUUCUGUAACCUCAGUUUGUUUGUGAUCCAGAGACUAUUUAAAAAAAAAAAUCACAAGCAGAUGGUUAAUUUUGAUUGUACUGUAGAAACAAACUCAAGGAAAGCCCAGCCAGAGGCUGUGUCACAGGGACUGUGGAGAUUAAAACUAUCUAAUUUGCAUAGUCUCCCUUAUCCUUUUAAAAAAUCUGAAGCAAAACUGGAUCAGCUGUUCUGAAGUGUAAUGCUUUCCACUUUAAAAGAAGUCAUUACAAAAGUCGUAGAAAGCAACAUCUGCUCUGCAAAAGACAUCACCUGCUAUAGAUCUGUUCAAACAGAAUUUUUUAAAGUCAGUUUACUUGUUUGGAAUGGGAGGUUACCUUUCUAGGCUGCACUGGUUUCGCUCAGCUCAGUAAGCUUCCUGGUAGUUGCCAAGUUGCUUUAACAAAGUGAACUGCAAGUUUUUUAUCCAGUUCCCAGUACGCAGGACAUCUGCAAAGCCUUGUUGUUCUGUCACCUCUUUUGCUCAGGAAAGUUGAGAAGUUGAGAGGAAAUCCCUUUCCUCUCUCUGCCUUUUAGAUAAUUACUUGGUGAAAGCGGUGUGCAGCUAUCCUGUUGUUAGAAGUAUUUUGCUCUGAAGGGCAUCUGUCACUAGCAGCAAAUGGCAAACAAACCAGGUAAGACAGAUGAGGAGGAGUCAAGGAUCCAGAUCAGGGUCUCCUACCUAGAUACUCCCUUUUACUAAGCUGCCAGAGAGACUGAGUAGGAGCCACAGGGAUUUCUUAAGCACUCUUUGGAUGCAGUUCUCUUCUUUGAAUCUAGCAUGUGAAACAAAAGGAGGUCAUCUCAUGCUUUAGCAAGUGGUGGGACAUCCUCUGACAGGCAGAGGGCUCUCAAGGCAAACAGUUGUCAGGUGUUUCACCUCAGGCAUACUUAAAAGCUGCUGCCAUUGGUGUCAUGAGGGCCAGAGGCCAUAUGCAUAUUUAAGCUAGGUCAUGAGCUUUCCCUAUAUCCAUCUGUCCCAUCCUGGCUUGAUUUCUCUCCUGCCCUGAUCUGUUUUUUUCCCCUUCCCUGUUGCAGGAGCUGCUGGUGCUCCAAAUCUCAAAAGGAGUGCUUCACUGCAGUUUGCUAGAUUACUGAGAAGACAAAAGCCAGUCAGAAAGCUCACAAAUCCCCGUUUCUUCUACUUGUUACUGGUAUUCCCAUUUUUCAGUGACAAAUGUCUUAGGAUUAAAUUGGUUGACAUAUCUCUAUAGCAAUGUGUUCUUGAGAGAGAUGGUGAAAAUCUUGCUACAAAAAUAUUAUAAUAAAUGUUUUGAUUCUUCAAUAUCUGAAUAAGGUGCACAUUUUUUUUUGCUGAGAAAAUGAGGAAAAGAUAACAUGAGAGCAUGAAAUCACUGAGCAGUCUAAGAUAUAAUGACAAAAGAACAGAGUAAAAUAUGUUAAAGUAAUUACAGGGCUCACAAAGCAAGACAAAUUUUAUAACCGAUAGUAACAGCAGCAAACAAGAUUGUUGCUGAGAAAAGGAAAAUUUUCCAGUCUGGAAGUACAUAUAUAUUCACUAAUUUGUGGCAUUGAUGUGUUUAUUUAGGAAACAGAAAAAGUUUACCAGCCCUUAAAAAUAUGCUAUCCAUAUGUCUGUUUUUCCUGUAAAAUGAGGGGAAAGCACAAACAUAGCAACCAGUACUAAAAAUGAUAAAUUUUUGAUACAUUUCUACUGGUUUCACAGGAAUUGUGUGGAAGAGGUAGAAAAAAGCAUGUAUGUCAAAACCAAGGUGAUCGUGGCUGUGGGCUUUUUCUAAUAGGAUUGCUUCCUAUGGACUGCACAGUGCUCUGUUUUGCCAUUAAGUAGGUUUUAUUUCCUUUAGCUCCUUUUCAGAAGUGCAAAUGUAACUUUUUAUAAGUAUUUUUUCCCCUCAGAUUAUUAUUGCAGUGGGUUGAUAUCAGUAUGGGGGAGGGAAGCUCAGUGAAAAUAUUCUUUUUGUAUUGGUUUUCUAACAAAAUGAGUAUUUUCAAAGUGAAUUUUUUGUCAUUGGCGUGGAAAGACCUGUUCUGGUUUAGCAUGCUUUUAUGAUGAAGUAUUUUUGUGUACCUCUAGGAAAUGGGGUAGUUGCUUUCCUCUUCAUAGCAUGUUGUUAUCUUCAGACUUUAUAUGGACAUUACUGCAUGGAGAUGUACUUCAAUUGUCAUGAAACUGGAUACCUCAUUCUGUUGAAGGUGAGGCAAUAAUCAUCAAGUAAAGAGAAGUCUUUGCUAUCUGGAGUGUUUCGUUAAAUAGAAAAUGAUAGGAAACCUCCUAACUUGGAUCAGCUUUCUACCUUGAGUAUUAAUUUUUAUUUGAAGCUUAAUUGAUCCCUGUGGGAUGAAUAUGGGAGCUGGAGUCCCAUUGGAUAUGUGGAACCAAACCUAAUACUGUAUCCCAGAAUUCAAUGAUAGCCUGUUACUUUUAUAAGUGGUUUUAAGCAAACAUUAAUGUUUUUGCCUCUUUGGGUGUUUUUAAAACCCUUCCUCUUGGAAAAGGAUACUCAUCACUCUCUAACCUUUUUCCAUGCAUUUCGGAAAUAUUCUUAAAAACUCCUAGCAACUCUGUGGGGAAUAGGGAGGCUUAUGCCUUGCAUGAUGAUAAGGUUCCUCCUUUCAGCUUCACUUUUUUCAGCAUGGAACAAGGAAACCAAAGAUUUGUAAAUGAAGAUUAGGUCCUAAUCCUGUUGCCAUGGGACAAUUGUCCUUGCUUCCGUAAUUGUAACUCAUUUAAGACAAAAACUUGGCUAAAACUGGACAUAACACAUGCCCAUUCCCUCAUUAUUGUUUAAAAACACCUACGUAUUUACAAACAAGCAACGUGUACAGAAUAUGUGUGCAAGAGAACCAAAAUAUACUCUUGUCAUCACAAAGAAUACUUUUCAGACUUCAUAAACCUUCAGUUGAUUAUAUAGUGAUGGUAUCUUUGAGAAAGAUGCCUUCCUACUUUAUUCCAUUAAGUUAUAAGACUAAAAUAUGGUGAGUGAUAUGGCCAGUGGUAGAUUAAAAUAUAGUGGGUGAAAUGGCCAAUGCUAUUGUAUCUUGCUGGUCAGAAAGGGUUUUUAACCAUUUUUUUUAAUGUGUUUCUAUUUCCAUAUCCUGCUUGUGGGUUUUUUCCUGUGUUUGUGGGUUUUCCUUUUGGGGGGUUAAUAAACAAAAGGCUUUAAGUCUCUUAGGAGGAACUUAAGUUUAUUGUUUCCUCAGCCCUACCUUCACAAAGUUUUGCAAAGCAGCGUGGAAGUGCAUUUGUGGCCUAUUCUUCUGCUCCCUCUAUUGAACACAAUAGUGGAAUAUCACAUGCUGCAGUCAUAAUGUGGAUUUGCUUCUGUUUUCUGCCAUGUUCAGUGCUUAAGCAGCUUUGCCAUUUGUCAGAGAUGAGUACAGCUUCUGAAAUGACCUAGGUCAGCCUUGUUUUUGCGUUUUAAAAAUAGUCAUUUCAGUGCUGAGGUGUAUGUGCUUGAUUUUUAAGGCAGCUUUCCACAGGUGAUUGGGUAGUGGGUCUAAUGCAGCUACCAGAAUGUUUCUUACAGUGUUCCCUCUAACAAGGAUCUCCUUUUUUUUUGCUCUGGGAAAUCUUUAGCACUUCAGUGAUGCUGCAUACAGAGAAACACAUUUCAUCUCAUUCUGUACAUGAGCAAGAAGUUUCUGACCAGGAACAUCAUUUCCCUACUGAGUGCAAGUUUCUUGGACUUUUUCCUUUUUUUAAGCUGUGAAGUACAGAUGCGCAUUUUGAGUUCAUGCUGUAUUCCUAGGUGCCUUCUCUUUCGCAUGCUUCCUUGCUAGGGCUGUAGCUUGUUUUAGUUUGGAAGAGAUCCUUGGUUGUAACUUCCAGAACUUCAGUGUUGUUCGUCACACAUCAGGCCAAAUACCAGCCUCAUAGACAUUUUAUGUCCUCCCAUUCACUGAAGUGCAUACACCCCUGUGGAAACAAGUAUGCUGUUACUGUCUGUCCUUAUUUCUUGAUUAGAGUUUGAAACAAAUGAUUUUAGUGGCUGGCUCUAUCCCAUCUUUAUUAGUUAUUCAUUCCUGUUACCAUAGUAUUUUGGAGACUAAGACAGGAAACCAGUGGAUUAUGUGCAUGUAUUAGGUGUACUUAGAUCUAAAGUGUUUCCAGGCUGGCAAAAUGAGACACAACAACUAGGGGAAGUAAAAGUAGAGGUUAGCAGGAAAAAAACAAUACAAGAGUGAAACUAUCAUUUUUAGUGUUACAAGCAACAGUCAGAGGAUACCAGCUGCCUGGUAAUGGCAUCACAUCUUGACAUCACUGGGAAGCUGGGUCCUAAAAGAAGAAUUUGAGUAAUGUGUUGUGACUAUGUUUCUGGUUGAUUGGUUUUAUUUUACCCUAAGCUACCUCAUUUGUAGAGAUGGAGUGGGAAGAAAGCCUAAGAAUUGCAUUAGGUAGUUAGUUUAGGCUGGUAUGAUGGGAGGAGAGAGGUAAAUACUUGUAUUUGGCUCUUUGACAUUCAAAUCUCUGCUGGAAAAUGAAAUUAACAAUUCACUUUUAUAAAUUAAGAUUAUAUUUGCUUUUACUGUGUAGGUCUCAAUAAAUAAUGAAUGAUAAGGCAGGGCAUGUUUCCUGGCAGUUUCUGACCUAUGGAAGAGCUGACUGUCCACAGUCCAAAAAGCAGUGAUUUCAUAUCAGUCAUUAUUGCUUUUAAUGGUGAUCUGUAAACACAGACUUUUUUUUUGAAGUAAUCUUAUGAACUCUUAAAGUGGACCUUACAGACAAUCCUGAGUGUUUCCCCACAUUUGCAGUACUGAUUUCCUCAUAUAUCUGAUCCUAAUGCAGUCAUCAUCAUAUCUGAAUGCUAAUAAUGUGCAGAUAGCCCGGUGUAGCAAAUAUUAAGAAACCAUAAUGUAUUUUUAGUGUAUCAUGUACUGGAUUUAUAAGGUUGGCUUGAAGUGGACUACUGUUAGUUCUCUAGCUGAUAGGUCAGAUGGAUGCACAGAUGGCAAAUGGGGGCUUAACAUGAAUUUGCAGAUGGAAUGUCAAAGCUGUAUCUACUCUGAGUUUAUUUAAAAAAUAAUCAUGUUGGGUGAAAAUUCCCCUGCAUUAUUCUUGAACAGAUUAUUCAGAAUUUUUUUUUUCUUUUUUUUUUUAGGAUCUUGUCCAUGCUGGGAUUUUAGCUUCCAGGGCAGUUAGUGAGAACCCACGUUGUGCACAAAACUUGUUGGCUAAAGCCCUAGCGUGACACCAGGAUAAUGUGUUUUAUAUAUGGUGUUUAGGAGUGAUAGGCACUGUCUCCCUGUCCUACGUUGCGUGUUCCAGUUUAGCAUUUGCUCAAGAGCAGAUGCUGAGGUUGGGUAAAGCUAACCUGCUUCUCCUGUUGAAGCAGGAGGAGAGAGACACUUGGGUCCGAGAAAGAAGUAACAUUGUUCUAGCCAUGUCCUGAUGCUUUCCCUUUUCAGUCUCUUAGCAGCAGAGGUUAUAGUGGAGUAGGAAGACAUGCCGGUGUUUUUCCAAGCUUCAUUGAUAAGAAUGCUACUAGCAGGAGAUUUCAAAAUAUGACUGGAUAAGUUCCCUGGGAACCCUUGUAUUUGAUUCCUUCUCAUUGGGUUUCAAAGCAGACCUGGCCUCUGAUUAUUGUUUGACGUAGCUCAGUUGCACGCUGAAUUUCUUGUGCUUAACUACAGCUUGAGGA